UGAAGAUUGAUAAAAACAAAACAAAAUGACUAUAUUGUAUAAAGUGGCAAAAAGCCGAGAGCUGAGCAAUAACAAGGAGAAGGACAGUGUUUUUCCUCACAAAGUUGUUUUGUGCUCCGUCUCUUCGCGCAACAUAAUUGCAUACAGCUCUCUGCAGAACCUCUCCAGUCAUGUCUAUGUAUGUGACAUUGUGACGCCAUGGCAGUACUACAAGGUAUGCACUUCCAAGAGUCUUAUAAAUGUGCUCGAAUGGAGCGCCAAUGGAGAACAGCUUCUAUUAGGCUAUAUUGGCGGUCGUGUAGAAAUCUGGCAGCCUAAGGAACAUGCGCUCAAUAUUUGGCAACUGGAGUACUUUGCAGUAGUGCCCAGCGAGGAUAUUAUAGCGGCGAAAUUUUUUCACAAUGGCAAGGGCGUUAUUUUCAACACGCAGAAGAAAGACCACACUUAUUAUGCAGAGAAGUUUGAGCGUUUAGAGCAGCGACCAACGCUAACCGGCUUUGGUGGCGUGGCCACCGAGGGCUGCAUCCUGCUCACAUCGUCAGGCUUACUGGCCGCCUUUACGCUGCCGCAGCUUCAAAAGUUGCCGCCCAACAGCGGCAAUAAUAGUACAAGUGAACCCUUGUCGCUAAACAUGAACGAGCAAGUAAUUGAAUUGACGCCUUCGACGCACAGCAUAGGAAUCUCACGUAGCUACAUCGAGCACUGCAGCAUUAUGCCGGCAAGCGGUACAGUUAACAUAGCCUACACUGUUGGCUGGCAACAACAGCAGCAGCUUGUGCACUGCUUCAAGGUCUCACUGAAUUUGGAUGUUGAUCGCAUUGGCAUUAAGUCCGAGUCAUUGGCAAGCAUAUUUCUGAGCUCCGGAGCGCUGCCGCUGGAAAGUCGUCGCAUCGCACAGCUGCUGUGGACACGUGUGGCCAAUGACGAUGUCAUCUUUGUAGUUUACAGCUGCCCCGACGGAAGCAAUUUGCUGGAACAAUGGACGCUCACCCGACGUCAUCAGAAUGUGCAUGCCUUGCUGCAGCAAUCUUCAAACGCAGGCAGUAACAACAAAAGUGAUUUGCUGACCAGCGAGAGUUGGGAUCAGGUGGCGAAACUACAGUUAAAUGCAGCAGUAUCUCAGCUCUGUAGCACACGUCUCGUUAGCGUCGAUUGUGCCCAGUUGUUUGUCAUACUGCAGGAUAAUAGCGUGCAGGUGUUAGAGCCUGGCACAUUGAAGCAGCUAAAUCACACACAGUUUGAACGGGAGAGCGAGGCAAGAUUUGUUUGCGCUGAUCUAACGCCCAGCAGCCAAAUGCUGCUCAUCUUUGAUAGCCAAGCUCAGCUGCAUGCUAUGCAAACGCCGUUACUAAAGCAAAAUACAGCUCUAAAUCAGCUGCUGCUACUGCUCUUUGAAUACUGCAUUGUGACUGGCGUGGAUGCGAGCGACGUGCUACUUUUGAAUCUGGGCAAUUUGGAAGCGCUCGUGGAGAAGUUAACAGAUAAUUUUACUCGUCAGCCUUCCUAUGUUCGGCAGUUUUACUAUGCCAACUUUUUGGCCCUAAAGAGCAAUCUGUGUCGCGCUCAGCAGCAAGAAUUUGAUAAUCUUAUAAUUUUGCAUGCCAUCUCUAGCACUUUCAAAAGUCUGCUGCGACCUUCAGAUUUGAGCUGUCAAGACAAAGGUCCAGCGGAUAACUUGGCCAUGAAGUUGGCUGAUUCGGUGCCUGACGUGGAUACGGUUAUGCUGAAUGUGGAUCCCAAGGACUUUACUGUCGAGCCCAUGAUAUUGCAAAGUCUACAGCAGCUCAUCCAAUGGGUCACAGAUCUGGCACUCAACAUGCUUAGCCGCCUGCCUGAGGAAGUAAUGAAGAGCAAGCUCUCCGGCAAGCGGCCCAGCUACGACAUCAGUCGCGACAUUGUAGCCAUCGGCAGUCUGCGCGAAUUGCUCGUCAUGAUACGCAUCUGGGGACUGCUCAACGCACAGUGCCUGCCUGUCUACACCAAAACAAUGGACAACAUAGAUGUGCUGGUCAUACUAUUCAGACUUUUGACGCGUCUGUCUCAAAAUACUGCAGAGCCAGAUGAGCUCUUGCUAGAUGAAUGUAGUUUGUUGUCCAAGCAGUUGCUAAUACCUCAGCUUUCCAAGUAUAAUCCAACCACACUGCUGAGCGCGCAGGGCUUUGCAGCAGUCAAGUCGGGGCAGCUAACGUUUACAUCGCUGGUGGAGCCAGCCGGACUACAUGAUAUUGAAAUGGAGCAGGUGGUCUUCUUCAACUGCAAAAAGGAUGGUGUCAGCAAUUUACAGCUGGGCGCCAGACCUAGCACCAUUCGCAGUUGUGCACGUUGCGGCUUUGUCAAUAGUGCCAACAAAGUGGCCAAGACAUCGGCGCUCAAGGCCUGGUGCAACAAGUGGCUGCAUUGCCACUGCGGUGGCUUCUGGCAGCACGUAAAUUAGUAUUAUCAUCUUCUAUAUUAGUAUAAAUUUAAAUAACAAGACG